AUUUGAACGCAUUCAUACAAAAAAAGGGAACUACAGUAAGUCACUAGUUUCAAACCAGGAAGAGGUAGAUGAUUUAGCAACCUUGGAGGUACUGGAUGAGAAUACAGUAACAGAGCAGUUGCAGAAGGGUUACGCCAAGGAUCAGAUCUACACAUAUGUUGGGGACAUUCUCAUCGCUGUCAAUCCAUUUCGGAACAUAGAUAUUUAUUCUUCACAGCAUUCCAAACUGUAUAUUGGAGCCAAACGGACUGCCAACCCUCCUCAUAUUUUUGCUGUUGCUGACAUAGGUUAUCAGUCCAUGGUGACAUACAACUCUGAUCAGUGUAUCGUUAUUUCUGGAGAAAGUGGAGCUGGCAAGACACAAAGUGCCCAUCUUCUGGUAAAGCAAUAUCUUUUUCAUAUCCAGGCUAAUAACAGGACUCUACAGGAGAAGAUCCUCCAGGUGAAUAACCUCGUAGAAGCAUUUGGGAAUGCAGGCACUAUCAUCAAUGAUAACUCGAGCAGAUUUGGAAAAUAUUUGGAAAUGAAAUUCACUUGUGGUGGCACUGUAGUAGGAGCUCAGAUUUCAGAGUAUCUCCUUGAAAAAUCCAGAGUUGUCCACCAGGCAGUAGGAGAGAAAAAUUUCCAUAUUUUUUAUUAUAUUUAUGCUGGUCUGGCAGAAAAGAAAAAACUGGCACUUUAUAAACUGCCAGAAUAUAGACCUCCCAGAUAUCUGCAAAACGAUCAUUUCAGAAUAGUGCAAGAUUUCAUGAACAAUAGCUUUUAUAAGUCUCAAUUUGAAUUAAUUGAACAGUGCUUCAAAGUCAUAGGUUUUACACUGGAGGAACUUGGAAGUGUGUACAGUGUCCUGGCUGCCAUUUUAAAUGUGGGUAACAUUGAAUUUUCUGCAGUGGUAUCUGAACAUAUGAUUGACAAGAGCAACAUUUCCAAUCCAGUAGCCCUUGAGAAUUGUGCGUCCUUGCUGUGUAUUCAGGCAGAUGAACUGCAAGAGGCCCUCACCUCUCACUGUGUAGUGACUCGAGGAGAAACAAUUAUUCGUCCCAACACUGUGGAAAAAGCCACCGAUGUCAGAGAUGCCAUGGCCAAAGCACUGUAUGGGCGCCUCUUUAGCUGGAUAGUCAAUCGCAUCAACACUUUACUCAAACCUGACAAACAUUUAAGUGGAGACGAUGAUGGUUUGAACAUUGGAAUUCUUGAUAUCUUUGGCUUUGAGAAUUUCAAAAAAAAUUCUUUUGAACAACUCUGUAUCAACAUUGCCAAUGAACAAAUUCAGUUCUACUUCAAUCAACAUGUCUUUGCCUGGGAACAGAAUGAAUACCUAUAUGAAGGUGUUGAUGCAAGAGUUAUAGAAUAUGAGGACAACAGGCCCCUCUUAGAUAUGUUCCUGCAGAAACCAAUGGGUUUGUUGUCCCUGCUGGACGAGGAAAGUCGAUUCCCACAAGCAACAGAUCAGACACUUGUAGAAAAAUUUGAAGAUAAUUUGAAGUCAAAAUAUUUUUGGAGACCAAAAAGAGUAGAUCUAACCUUUGGGAUUUAUCAUUAUGCAGGAAAGGUUCUAUAUAAUGCAAGUGGAUUCCUAGCCAAAAAUAGAGAUACUCUGCCAGCUGACAUCGUGCUGCUACUGCGAUCAUCUGAAAACAAUCUGACGCGACAGUUGGUAACCCAUCCUCUUACAAAAACAGGUAACCUGGCACACACUAAAAGCAAAACUACAAUCAGUUACCAAAUGUGGACCCCCCAGAAAUCAAUCAGUCAUACAAAGAAUGAAGCAGGAGAUACCGGACAUCAUCCAAGAGAGACAACCAGCAUGAAAACACAGACAGUCGCUUCUUAUUUUAGAUAUUCUCUGAUGGAUUUGUUAUCCAAAAUGGUCGUCGGCCAGCCUCAUUUUGUCAGGUGCAUCAAGCCAAACAACGACCGGCAGGCAAACAAGUUUGAUAAAGAAAAAGUAUUGGUUCAGCUGCGUUACACAGGAAUUCUGGAGACAGCAAGAAUUCGAAGACAGGGUUAUUCACACCGUAUACUGUUCGCUAACUUCAUAAAACGGUAUUACCUCAUCUGUUACAAAACAAAUGAUGAUCCUCCAGUCAGCCCGGAAACCUGUGCUGCCAUCUUGGAAAAAGCCCGCCUUGACAACUGGGUUCUUGGAAAAACUAAGGUAUUCCUCAAAUACUAUCAUGUGGAGCGGCUAAAUUUGAUGCGGAAGGAGACAGUUGACAUGAUUAUUUUGAUUCAAGCCUAUGUCAGAGGGUGGCUGGGUUCAAGGAGAUACAAAAAGAUAAAGGAACAAAGGGAACAAAGUGCUAUUAAAAUACAGUCAGUUGCCAGAGGAUACUUACUCAGGAAGAAGAGAAAAGAACUAACUGAGGCAAGGAACAAAGCAGCAGUAACAAUUCAGUCUCACUACAGGGGAUAUAAGGAGAGGAAGAUCUUCAAAAGGAGGAGGGAAUCAUUUAGAAAGAAACAAACUGAAAAUGCAGCAUCCAUUAGCGAAACGGAAAAGGAUGAAGAACUUCAAGAUAAUGAGGAAAGUCCAACUGGAGUGAAGAGUACUCUUCCUAAAAUGGAAGAAGAGGCAGCUAUCAUUGUUCAGAGCCAUUACAGAGGCUACAGAGUCCGUAAAAAAAUAAAGGAACAGCACAAAAAAAUAGCAGAGGAAGAAUUAUCUGCUGUGGAAUACCUUGAAGCACAACUGCAGCCAGCUCAAAAUGAUACACUGGAAGAAGCAGCAAACGAGGAGAUUCAAGAUGAUGUUACUGACAGCAAGUGCUCUGGGCACAGUGACAAAAGGAAUGUACAGGAGCAACAGAAAACAUCUACUGAAGGAGAGGGAGCUUCUGUGAAGCAGAACCCUGCAGUAGAACAUGUUGGUGAAGGUGAAGAACAGGCCUUUUUGGAAGAGCUGUCCAGCAAAUCUUCCGUCAAAAUCACAGCUGAACCUGGUCCCCAGCAAGAGCAAGAUAAUCAAGACACGCUCAGUGCAGAUGGGCAAAAUCAAGAAUCUGCUGUGGUCCAGCCCAGGACUGACAGGGCUGUGGAAAGAAGCCAUCUGAAACAUGAAGCAGUGAUGCCUACAGGAUGUAAAGGAAUUAUGAGAAAAGAGUCACUAAGAGGCUCACGGAAGCAAGUUGAAGCAGAAAAACAAGGUUCAGAAGACAAAGAGAAGGCAGCAGUGGUUAUUCAGAGCAGUUACCGGGGUUACAGAAGGAGGGGACAACUUAGAAAAGAAGGGAAACUACCUUGCAAAAGUCAAGAGAAAACUAUAAAGGAGCCAACAGAAGCAGUACAUGUUCAAAAUAAUGAUCCCCAAACAACAAAAGAUAGGAAAAGCAGCAGUACAGAGGCUGAAGACUCUAAGACACUGAAGGGCGACUCAGAGAAAGAAGCUUGUGAUUUGGCAGCCUUUUCACGGCAGAUAUCAAAAUUAUCCGAAGACUACUUAGCAUUGCAGCAAAAAUUGAAUGAAAUGAUAUUGUCACAUCAGCUGAGACCCGUGAUGCUGUCCAAAGAUAAGCAAGCUAAUGGCCGACUUUCUUCUCAUGUUUGUCAGUCAGUUGCAGCCAAAGUAGAAGACUCUCGCCCAAUGCAGAGACCCCCAAGGAGGCCACGGAAGCCUAAGACAUUAAAUAAUCCAGAAGACUCCACCUACUACACUCUAAUACAUAAAUCAAUACAAGACGAAAAACGGAAACCAAGAAAAGAAAGUCUGAGCAAAGUGCUAGAUUUAGAUAUCUACUAUCAAGAAAUUUCAUCUACUGAUUCCACCUCAAAGGACAGCAGUUCUACCACAAGAAAGAAGAGACACCCAGCUGAGCGCAGGACUUCAAUUUUAAGAGCUACUGAGCGGUCGAGGGUUGCAGAAAGCCCCCUGGAAGAGAGUAAAACCGAAGAUAAUCCCUAUGACUACAGACGACUGCUGCGGAAGACCUCACAGCGCCGGCGCCUUAUCCAGCAGUUCUAG